AUGCAUUCUUCAUUGUUUUGCAUUUCUGUUUUUUUUCUAACAUUCCUUAUUGUAUUUACUCAAUCCACACGUGUAGCUGAUCAAAUGUAUGUAUCAUUUGAUCGUGCACGUUAUUGUGUUCGUCAUCUUAAUGGUACACAUGAAAUCGGUUGUCAGUCAUCUAUGAGAGGCAACUCCGGUCGAAUGUAUAUGAUUGAUAAUGAGAAUGAAUUUAAUUCGUAUCUUAAAGAUAGUAAAACAAUUGAUUCAUCCAAUUCAUUUAUUAUUGCGCUUAAUAUCGAGUUAUUUAAUUCCGAAUAUGUUGAUAAAUUAAUGAAUCGUCUUGAUUCAAAAUUAAAUGGUCUUGUAAUUUAUUUAAAAUCAAAUCUAUCUCGACCUAAAGAUUUUUCACAUGAUGAUCAAUGUCCAAAUCAUCGUCAAUCUUAUUAUUUAAAUCAAACUGAAACAGUUCAUUGGAAUCCGAAAGGAACUGGUUUAUUUUUUCGUUCAUUUCCAUUUCCAAUUGUAUUACUCGAUGAAAAAGAUGAUUAUGAACGCUUAGAUAAAUUUUAUCGUCAAUUUUAUAAUACUCAAUCAUCACCAACAUGUGGUCUAGAAGUAAAAGCAUUUCAAAGUGCUGCACAUACAUCGAAAACAUGUAUGCGUAGAAAUGAAAUAUCACAUUCAUUACUUGAUGCUGUCGAUGGAUUUUGUGAUCCUGUUGGUGGUUUAAAUAUCUAUAGUAAAUUACCUGAUUCAUUAACUCUUGUACCAAAACAACGACAACCAAAAUCAGUUGUUCUUAUUUUAGCAACAACAGAUAGUUUUCAAAUGUUUUUGAAAGCACAAGGUACAACAGGUGGUGCACAACAACCAGCAACAGCACUCAUAACAUUUCUUGCACUUGCUCAUGUUAUUGGACAAGAACAAAAAGAAUUUAAUAAACAAGAUAAAGAAAUUAUAUUUGUUACACUUGAUGGUGAUGCAUUAGAUUAUUCAGCUUCAUUUCGAUUUCUAUUUGAUAUGAAUAAUGAUUAUUUUCCAGCUGGUGAUAAAAAUGAGCAACGUAUUAAAAUAGAACAUAUUCAUUCUAUUAUUGAAUUUCAAUCAUUAAGUUUUUCUAAUAAUCUUUCUCUUUAUGCAUAUCCAUCAUCACCAUCGAUAAUAAAUGAAACAUUUAUCGCAACAUUACUUGAAAAUAAUCCAAUGAUUACUCGAAUGAAUGCUAAUUCUCCUCUACCACCAGCAUCUUCACAAAUUUUUCAGCAAUAUAAUACAACUACUGAAUUCAGUCAAUGGAUUAAAAGUAUCGUUGAACCAUUAGCUCAAACAUUACUUGAUUCAUAUGUUGGUAACAAUAUAACAAAUGUUACUAUUGAACAAGAAAUUAUAAAUAAUCUUGUUUAUUGUGUUCUAAAAAAUGUAAAUUGUCCUCUUAUUCAUAAUGUUUCAAAUCAAUCAAUUGGAAAUUCAUUUGAUGCAUUCGAACAAACAUCAUUACCUUUUUCAAUAAAUACUUAUCCAACAGCAACAACACCAACAUUUCCUUUUGUACAAAAUAUACUUAGUUAUUUUUUACGUGAUCGAGAAUAUGAUAAACAAAAUAUAACUGAAACAAAAUGUUUAGAACAGAAAAAUAAUGAUACUCUACGAUUAUAUAGAUAUGUUGGUGGAUAUGCACCAUCAAUAAUGCCUGAACAAAAUUAUUCUGGAUACUGUGUUCGAUCAUAUUUACGAUAUGCAUCGUCAUCUUCACCAGCGUUUAGUAUUGAUAAUUAUGAUCUAUCACAAACAACCUAUCCAGCAUGGACUGAAAGUCGAUGGACAACUUUUACUUUACGAUUGUUUAUUAUUCCAACAAGGACGCAUGAAAUAGUUACACUUGUUAUUGGUAUUCUAUUACUUUCGAUUUCAUUUAUUGUCUUUUCUAUAUUACGUUGGUAUGUAAAGCUUGAUUUAUUACAACCGUCGUCAUCGUAA